ACCUUAUAUUAUUAUGUUUAGUGGUAAAACAUAUUUAAGACUUUGAUCAUUUUCAAUGGCAUGGAGAUGCAGUAAUUUCUGAAAAUAACUUCUGCAUAACGAAAUCAAAGUCAGAUUGAAAAAUAAAUAAAAAAUCAUUGGGAACAACCAUCAUUUCAUAAGUGAUUUUGGACUUUCUGGCUUUACAGAAAAAGUAUAGAGUCUGAUUAUCAUUAGAAUAAGUUUACAGAGUAAUUGAAUUGCAAAGGCACCACUGUCUUUGGCUGUUCAUGAUUGCAUUUUGUUACGAUAUACUUACAUUUCUCCGUACAAAUGUGAAUUGGAAUAUUGAAAUCCUCGCUUGGUUAGUCACGAUGAGGCACCGCCUGUUUUCUCUGUUCAUAUCUGAUUUUGAUUUGUUACUGUAGCAGAUUGAGAAAUUAAGUCUGCAGUUUUUCUUAAGAUUAAAUUGGACCACACAACAGCAUGUUUUUAUACUUGAUAUUGUUAUUUUAGCCAGUUUAAACCUUCUUAUAUAUUAUGCCUGGUGGUUUAAUGAAAUUUGCAUUAAUACAGCACUGAAAACUUCUUCACUUGAAGGUAUCCAGCUCAGCUUAUAUUGUCCGCGUCAUAUCAGGAUAUUGCUCAUGUGUUUCCAUGGUAACAAACUGUCUGGCCGAGGACCUGAACUGUCUGUCAGCAACGACAGAGUGUCCUCCCGUCCUGAUGGAGGAUGACAGCAAUCAAGGUCAAGGAAAGGAAGUCAAGGUUGACCAGGGUGAGACGGAUCCAGAUCAGAGCAGUGACAAGCCAACAUUGUCGAGUAAGAACCCGGUGCAGAACCUGAACGAGCUACAGAAGGGUUUGGUGUACGAGUUUGAGAGAGAGUCUGUGGAAGGCAGUAACAAGUCCUACACAAUGAGCGUUGAAGUGAGCGGCGAAAAGUUUGAGGGUACUGGUGCCAACAAAAAGCUAGCAAAAGUGGAGGCUGCCAAAUACGCCCUGUUAAAGAUGUUCAACAUCCUCCAUGUACCAGUUGUAAACGAGACACCUGUCAACAAAGAAGGUAUGCCACCGGGGGAAGGGACUGGCAAAAAGAGGAGGAAAAGGAAAAGCACCACACCCUUGGAGCUACUGAGUUCAACGGAUGGCAGCCAGGAAUCAACCGGGCCAGUCUACUCCUGUAAAAACCCAGUCAUGCUGCUCAAUGAGUGUAAAAAGGAACUUAAAUAUGAUUUGGUCCGAGAAUCUGCAGAGGGGGUGAAAGAACAAGACAAGACCUACACGAUGUCAGUAGAGGUGAAUGGUGAGACCUUCGAGGGCACGGCCAAGAGUAAGAGGCUGGCGAAGAUCGAGGCUGCAAAGGAGGCUCUGGAUAAAAUCUUUAAUAUCAAAGUGGUUCCAGAAUCUGAGAUGCCUGCUGAUCAUGUCAGUGAUAAUGAUGAUACAAUAGGGGAAGACAUGUUGGGAAAGCGACGUCACAGUAUCAUGGGGCCGGGUGGCAAACGUCGAAAACUUCACGGUCCACCUGUCCAGAAAAAUGCCCUGAUGCAGCUCAAUGAACUGAAGCCAGGUCUUGAGUUCCGGUUCGUCUCCCAGACCGGACCGGUGCACGCCCCGAUGUUCAUCAUGUCCGUUGAGGUCAACAGCACUACGUUUGAGGGAAAUGGAACAACAAAAAAGCUGGCCAAACUUCGUGCCGCGGAGAAGGCUCUGAAGUCUUUUGUACAGUUUCCCAAUGCGGCCGAGGCUCACAAGGCUAUGGGUCGUGAUAUUACGACUGACGAUUUUACUUCUGACACAGCAAACAACCCCAGUAAUGAACUGCUGUUUAAUGAUUUUGAAUCUCAUAACAUUAAUGCAAUGGGGAAUUUCCCUGCCAUGGAACAAAACGGUGCCAGCAAGCCGAAGAGAAAAGCUGCCGUUCCUGCUCAACCUGAUGGCAAAAACCCGGUCAUGAUUUUAAACGAACUUAGACCAGGACUGAAGUACGAAUACGUUGGGGAGCGAGGUGAAAGUCACGCAAAAAGUUUUGAAAUGUCUGUGACAGUGGACGGAGAAAUCUUUACGGGAUCUGGUCGCAAUAAAAAGAUGGCCAAAUCUCGCGCCGCCCAGGCAGCACUGACCAAGAUAUUCCACCUGGAGUUCCCCUACCCUCCAGGGAUGAAGAGGGACAAACUGAGAGAGAAGACACAGUUAAACACAGAUACAAGAAUAAUGAGAAGAAUGAUCAAGUUUCAUGUCAAAUGUAUGCAGCCCACUGGUGACGUCGCUUCAAAUGUACCCCAGGAACUUGCAGACCUUGUGGCGAAGCUUGUCCUGGAAAAGUUCAGUGAGCUCACAAAUGGCUUCACGAGCCCUCAGGCACGACGGAAGGUGCUUGCUGGUGUUGUCAUGACAACUGGGGAGGAUGCUACCAACGCCAAGGUGCUAUGUGUUACCACGGGAACCAAGUGUAUCAAUGGGGAGUACAUGAGUGAUAAGGGGAUGUCCUUGAAUGACUGUCACGCAGAAAUCCUAUCACGUCGCUGUGUGCUCCGCUUCCUGCAUGCAGAGCUUGCCAAACAUCUUUCCAAGGAGGAAGAUGUGAAUAACACUUCGAUAUUUGAUGAUCGUGAGGGGGGAGGGUUCGCACUCCGCGAGGGUGUGCACUUUCACCUGUAUGUGAGUACCGCCCCCUGUGGAGACUCGCGUAUCUUCUCGCCCCACGAAACAGCAAGUGAGCCUGGAGAUUCAGGUGACAAACACCCCAAUCGUAAGGCCCGGGGACAGCUACGCACAAAGAUUGAGUCGGGUGAAGGCACCAUACCUAUAAAGCCAUCGGCAGGCAUACAGACCUGGGAUGGCAUACUGGAAGGCGAGCGACUCCUCACCAUGUCCUGUAGUGAUAAGAUAGCACGCUGGAAUGUCCUCGGUAUUCAAGGAUCCCUGCUGAGCCACUUUGUACAGCCUAUCUACUUUGACAGUAUAAUCCUGGGGAGUCUGUACCACGGUGACCACCUGUCGCGGGCUGUGUGUACACGUCUGUCGGGUAUAGAGAAUAUCUUUGAGCCGUACCACCUCCACCAGCCAUACUUGAGUGGCAUCAGCAACCCUGAGAGUCGUCAGCCAGGAAAGGCACCAAACUUUGCAGUCAACUGGUGUUGUACAGAUUCUAGUGUCGAGGUGAUCAACGCUAUGACUGGCAAACUUGAGGAUGGCGGAGUAUCACGCCUGUGUAAAAAUUCUUUCUUUGAGUCAUUCUCAAAACUGUAUGGCUGUCUGCCAUCUUUAACCAGCCAGACUGUAGCUGCCAAGCCUAGAACAUACUUGGAGGCCAAGGGCUCCGUCAUCGACUACCAACUUGCCAAGUCGCAGCUCUUCAAGACAUUCCAGACGUUGGGACUUGGCAGCUGGGUGAAGAAACCCUUAGAACAGGACCAGUUCACACUGGACGAGACGCAGGUCUCUUCUCUUAGCUAACCAGGACAGUCAUCACAUAGUUAGGAUAGGACAUGAUAGGAAGUUGUAAGGUCAAAGUAGACUGGGCAUGACAGGAAGUGUAGGUUAAAAUAGACUGAAAUAGACUGGGCAUAACAGGAAGUGUAGGUUAAAAUAGACUGAAGUAGGCUGGGCAUGACAGGAAGUGUAGGUUAAACUAGACUGAAAUAGACUGGACAUGACAGGAAGUGUAGGAUAAAAUAGACUGAAGUAGGCUAGGCAUGACAGGAAGUGUCGGU